GGAAGACUUGCUAUGUCAGCGUGUUAAUCAGCUUGCUUGACAGGUAAAUCAAGUGUUUUCAGAAAUGGAAGAGAUGUCUGAUUCUGUACCCACUAAGAAACCACGUCUGAGUGAAGGAGAUGAGUUAACAUCAGAAGUAGGCCUAAUUGUAUCUAAUGGGGACCAUGCCGAGUCCAAAACAGACAGCCAGAAAACUGUUGACUACAGUAUGGGAUCCGACCUAGACUCCCAACGGCUUGACCAAGGGGACACUGACCAAUCAGUAGUUAGAAAACAGCAAAAUGGUGGUAAAGCCAAUACACAAGGUCAUCAAGAAACUGACCAGAUUGAUCAUCAAGAUGACUUAAAAGCUGAUCAGAUCGGUCAUCUAGAUGAUUUAGAAACUAAUCAGAAGAAACCAGCAAUGACGAAGAUUGAAUCUGUUUUCAAAGAUGCAAAGUUGAUAGCUAGUAUCGUCAGUGAUACAGAUGUUGAAAAGAUAUAUGAAAGUUUGAAAAGCAAACGAAGAAAUCCAAAUAGAGUUGAUGUUGUUAUGAAUAAUAUUCUAGAAAAUGCAGGAAUUUAUCAGAAAACAACAGUCUCAGAACGGGAGGACACAAGUGCUUUAUUAUUGGCAGACUUUGUCAGUGUAAUAGAUAAAGCUAUGGCCAAUAUGGAAGCCUUACCAUUAACAGCUGAAGAAAUACAACACUUGCUGCAGGAGGAAGGGAACAGACCAGAUCGUGUAGAUAGAGUGUUUACUAAAAUUCUACGGCAGGUUUAUAACCCUAAACAUUUAUCUGAGGAGGAUGUAAGGCUGGUUAUGAACCAGAUGCCAGAGGCACAUCCCGACCAGGUGAGAAAGCUGGUGUCAGAUAUCCAAGGUCAAAGUCAGGCAGAUAGGGUGAAGCAAGUGAUAAGUGCUCUUAAAAACAAUACUGUUGCCAGUCUUAAGAAAGACGACUCCAUCCCUCAAGACCCAACUGUCAGCAAUGACCCAUUGUUUAAGGAUAUGCAGAUUGUGAAAAAGGUUGUUCCACAUAAGGACCCUAACGAGAUAUAUGCUUACCUGGAAGCUCACUAUGACAAAAAGAACAGGAUUAAACUGGUGAUCGAGGAGCUUAUGAGCGACGAGAGGGACUCUGAGGAUGCAGAUCAUGACAUGAAGGAGGCUGGGGGCACUGGGAUAAAGAAGCCCUCCAUACCAGGUGUGGGAGAGUUUGAGGAGGAGUUACAAGAACUGAAAGACAUAUUCCCUGAUUGUGAUCCCAACUAUCUGUACAAUGCUCUAGAGGAAAGGAAGGAUGAUGUAGAUCGCGUAAAAAAACUCGCAAUAAGGAUGUUGGAGAAAAAAGACUACCCAAAGCUGAAAGAAGUGCUAGAUAAUGAGAGUAAAUUAAAAAAGAAACAGAAAAUAAUCAAAGCAACAUUUGAUAUGAAGGAAUUUUUGGCAAAGUUUCCAGAUCCUGAAUUGUUUUUCUGUGAUAAGAACAAAGCAAUGUCAAAUAACUACAAGAAACAUGUGACUGUUCAACUUCAAAAUGACUUCCGAAAAUUGUCAGAGGAAUACCUGCAGCAGAUAAUGGAAGCAAGCAACUACUGCUUGACUCUUUGUAAGAGAGUAGUGCUAACGAAUAUAAGUGACCUUGGAGAUUUCAUGUCCGAACUGUUCGUCCCGACACAGAGGCCUUUACUCCCACUCCCAGAGGAACCAGAAGAACUUUUCUUCAACGAGAUGCUCUACUUGCGGAAUGAAAGAGAAAUCAAAAAUCACCUGCAGCAACAAAGGACCCUGAAGGAGAUGAGACGAGAGGAGGCCAGAGCUAAUGGUGAGCUGCUCCCCUGUGAGUGCUGCUUUGAUGAUGAAUGUCUUUUUGAGGACAUGACAUCCUGUCAAGAUGGUCAUCUUUUCUGUAAGGAGUGCGUGAGGCGAUCAUCAGAGGUUGUUAUCGGAGACGGCAAGUGUUCUUUUCCUUGUUUGACUGACAGUUGUGAUUAUCAGUUCCCACUUCCUGUGCUACAGGAAGUCAUGUCCCCGAACAUGUUCUCCAUAUUGUUGAAGAGGAUACAGGAGGCAGAGGUCAAACAGGCAGACAUACCUGACCUUGUCAGCUGUCCAUUCUGUAGCUUUGCCACCAUCAUCUCUAAUCCCGAUGAUAAAGUGUUCAAGUGUCUUAACCCAGAAUGUCUCAAGGAAUCCUGUAGGCUUUGUGGUGAGCCGAGUCAUAUACCCCUGCGGUGUAACGAGGUGGAGAAGCAGGGCGAGACAGACAUGAGAACGUACAUUGAGACCCGUGUUACUGAGGCAAUGCUGAGGAAGUGCCAUAACUGUAACAAAAGAUUCAUCAAGGAGGCGGGUUGUAAUAAAAUGACCUGUACCUGUGGCGCAACCCAGUGUUACUUUUGUCGAGAAGAGAACAUUGACUACGAUCACUUCAAUAAAGGUACUUGCAGUAAUCAAGAAGAAUCUACAGUAAUACAUGUACAGGAAAUGGAGGCUGCAGCCCACGAGGCCAGGAGACAGUACCUAGAGGAUCAUCCCGAGGCCAAGGAUAUGGUCCUCAAGUAUGACCCUGUCACCCAUAUACAGGAUGUUAAAAAACACAAAAACUACAUGUGGGGAGAUGGUGAUAAUUUUAAUGAAUUCAACGGCAGUGAAGAUGGGUACAGAGAGGAUGAAAGUGAGAACAGUGAUUACGAGUGAGAGGGAGGUGGACUUGUUGAUGUAUUUACCCUAGGGUACUCAACAGUACAGUGAUUGCGAGUGAGAGGGGGACUAGUUGAUGUAUUUACCCUAGGGUACUCAACAGUACAGUGAUUAGGAGUGAGAGGGAGGGGGACUUAUUGAUGUAUUUACCCUAGUGUACUCAACAGCACAGUGAUUACGAGCGAGAGAGAGGGGGACUUGUUGAUGUAUUUACCCU